UUCAGCAGGAGGUGAUCAGAUGAGCCCCGGUGUACUAUGGGAGGACUCCAGGCUUUUCUUCUACCUGCAGCUUUAAUUCUUCUCACAGCCUCUCUGAGUGAGUGUGAGCUGAAGUGUCAACCACACCACAGUGGACCCUCAUAUGACUCUCUGCAAGAGGUGUUUGAUAGAAAGCCAUUUAGACCGGCUGUUAACCUGAGCAACCCCACUUCCGCCAACAUCUCCUUCACCCUCUACGCUGUGCUGGGUGUGAAUGAGAAGACCCAGAUCCUCACCACAUUCCUAUGGUUGCGAAUGUACUGGUUUCAUGAGUUUCUAAUCUGGGACCCUGACAUCUGUGAUGGAGUCACUAAAAUCUCCCUCCCCGUCAACAACUUGUGGAUGCCGGACAUUAUCGUUUAUGAGUUGUUAGUGAGCUCUGAUAUGGAUGUUGGACCUGUUUGUCCGACUUAUGUUGACGAUGACGUGUCCCAGGCUUGUCCGUAUGUCUAUGUUAAUCACACGGGUCAUAUUCGUUAUGACCGGAUGCUGCGUCUGGUCAGCGCUUGUAACCUCGAGAUCUUCAGCUUCCCCUUCGACAUCCAAAACUGCACCUUCACCUUCGGCUCCUAUAUGCACACCAUAAAGGAUGUGCGGGUAAAAACAGCUCUGCCCUUCGACCAAAUGUCUGAGAACUCUAAACGUUACCUGGAGGCCAGCGGCGAGUGGGAGCUGGUGGUGAUUUUGGGAGAGGAAGGAAUUCUGAAGUUUGGAAUUGACGAGUGGGACAUCAUCACGUUUUGGGUGGUUAUAAAGAGACGUCCAAUCCUGUAUGUGGUAAACCUCCUCAUCCCGAGCUCAUUUCUCAUGAUAAUCGACAUCCUGUCCUUCUACCUGCCACCACACAGCGUGGACCGUGCUUCUUUCAAAAUGACCCUCAUCUUGGGGUACACCGUGUUCCUGCUCAUCAUGAACGACCUGCUGCCCAGCACGGCUAACGGCACUCCCAUCAUAGGUAUUUACUUCUCUGUGUGUCUGGCCCUGAUGGUGAUCAGCCUCCUGGAGACAGUCAUCAUCACAAACGUACUGCACCACAACUCCAUGAAGUACCGGGAUGUUCCACACUGGGUGCAGGUAGUGGUUCUGAAGUACAUUGGUCGCCUCAUCUGUUACAAAUGGCCUGAGGAAAUGCCCAAAUCAGAAGUCACCAAAACAGACAGCAACGACCCCUGGACCAUCAACACCUCACACACAACGUCCAGCCAGCUGAGCGCCAAUAGUGUGUGUUUGUCAGGGGGUGUGGCUGUGCCGGAGCUGGUGGAGAUCUGUGAAGAUCUGCGGGCGAUGCGGUCUCACCUGAAUGUCCUGCAGCAUGCGGAGAGGCUGCAGGACCAGUGGUGUCAUGUUGGAUAUGUCCUGGACUUCCUGCUGUUCAGAAUCUACCUGAUCAUCAUCACCUGCUACGCCCUCGUCAUCAUCUCCAUGUGGAGCAUCUGGAUGUACCACUGACAGACAAACACACACACAAAUCUUUGUCAUCUCUAUCCGGUGCAUCUGGAUGUACAGUUUGUACAGUUACUAAUAAUGAAAUAUAAACAGUGCUAACCUAAAUUAUAGGUAUUUCAUGUUCAAUUCUAUUGUUAUUAAUUAUUAAUAGAUAAAUAAGAGCUGAUACUAGAUUCAUGUACAUUUUAGAAA